AUGGAUUCAAGUUCUCCUCCAGUUGAAAUGUUCUUCUUUCCAUUUGUCGGUGGAGGCCACCAAAUCCCCAUGAUAGACAUAGCCAGAGUCUUUGCUUCCCAUGGUGCCAAAGCUACCAUAAUUACCACUCCAAAACAUUCCCUCUCCUUUCAAAAAUCCAUCAACCGUGACCAGAAAUCUUGUCUUCCAAUCUCUAUCCACGCCCUUGAGCUGUCUGAUGAUGUCGACGUAGCCGAUACAGACAUGUCUGCAACCUCCCUCACUGAUACUUCUGUGCUCCAAGAACCUCUACAAAAUCUUUUAGUCAAACGAAAACCUGACUGCAUUGUUCAUGAUGUGUUUCAUCGUUGGUCUGCAGAUGCUAUUGACAGUGUUGGCAUUCCAAGAAUUACUUUCAAUGGGAAUGGAUGCUUCGCUUGUUGUGUCCGAGAAAAUUUGGAACGCUGUAAGCCCCACGAGAAGAUGACUUCUGAUUUGGAGCCUUUUAUUGUUCCAGGGCUUCCUGAUAGGAUUGAAUUGACCACAUCUCAACUACCAUUCUUUGGAACACAACCAAACGUUGGAGGGUUGUAUAAAAGAAUGCUAGGAUCAGAUGGGAAGAGUUUCGGGGUUAUGGUUAAUAGUUUCUAUGAUUUGGAGACUGCUUAUGUGGACUACUUCAGGAAUGAGUUAGGCAACAGGGCAUGGCUUGUGGGACCAGUUUCAUCAUGCAACAGAAAUGUGGAAGAUAAGGCCGAGAGAGGCCAAAAGACUUCAGUUGAUGAGAAAACCAUUUUGAGCUGGCUUGACAGUAAAGAACUCAGUUCGGUUCUUUACGUCAGUUUUGGGAGCUUAGUUCGUUUAGCCCCUGAACAAAUCCUUGAGAUAGCCCACGGUCUUGAGGCCUCCAAUCACCCAUUCAUUUGGGUUAUAGGGAAAAUCUUUAAAUCAGGUGGACAAAACGAAGAAAGCCAAGAAAAUAUCCUUCCCAAUGGAUUUGAAGAUAGAAUCAAAGAAUCCAGAAGAGGACUAAUAAUAAAAGGCUGGGCACCGCAAUUGUUAAUAUUAGAGCAUCCGGCUAUCGGAGGGUUUGUGACCCAUUGCGGAUGGAACUCAACUUUAGAAGGCAUGAGUGCCGGGCUACCAUUGGUAACAUGGCCUAUAACUGCAGAGCAAUUCAGCAAUGAGAAGUUGAUCACUGAUGUGUUGAAAAUUGGGGUGAAAGUGGGGAGUAUGCACUGGAGAUCGCCAAGGACCGAGCCAAGCGUUACAGUGGGGAGAGAGAAAGUGGAGGCAGCAGUGAAGAGGUUGAUGGGUGGUGGCGAGGAGGCGGCCGAGAUGAGAAGAAGAGCUAAAGAACUUGGAGAGAAGGCAAAGAGAGCUGUUGAAGAAGGUGGAUCCUCUUAUAAGGAUGCUGAUGCUUUGAUUCAGGAGCUUGAAUCUCGCAGGAAAUGUUGA